AUGGCCAGCAUCCUUUUCUCAUUAUCAACGAAGAAGGAAGAAAUCAACCUUCACAUGGGAACACAACCAAUACCCCAAGUGGAAUCAACUGUCUUCCUAGGAGGAACCAUAGACAAGCGCCUAACAUGGAACCCACACAUCCAAGCAAUCCAGGAAAAGGCUAUCAAGAAAUUAUCACUGAUGAAAAAGCUGGCAGGAACGACUUGGGGAGCCACGACCAAAAUCCUCAGACAAGUAUAUAUAGGGGCAGUAAGACCAAUCAUGGAGUACGCCUCUGCCACAUGGGUAACUGCAUCUGACACAACCAAAGCAAAGCUGGACAAAGUGCAAAAUAUGGGCCUUAGAAUCAUCCUUGGAGGAAUGCGAAGCACACCAAUUAGGGACAUGGAGAAAACAGCUGCCAUUCAACCCCUAGAGUUAAGAAGAGAAUACAAGACUCUGACACAGGGAGAAAAAAGUAAUCGGUUGAAGACCCAUCGUCUACACCACGUGCUCCGAAAAGAACCGAUGACGAGGCUGAAACGCAAGAGCAUCAACACCAUCACGAAGGCCCUGCAAAAGGAACACCAGGACAUACUGGAAAGCGAACCUGAUCUAUGCAAAGACCUCACAAUCUCCAACUGGUCAAGGGAACGUAAUCGUCCAGAGAUAGAGCUCCAUGUUCCAAGCCUCGAGCAAAAAGGAUCCCAGACACCAGAAGUCCAGAAGGCACUCACCCUCGAGAUGAUAGACAGAAAGUAUCCCCAUAGUACCUGGACACAUGUCUAUACAGAUGGCUCAUCUCAGAAUGCAGUUAGCAAUGGAGGAAGUGGUGUUUUUAUCAAACUUCAAGAUAGAAGCUCCCACUCCAUAUCCGUACCAUCCGGCAUUCUCUGCUCAAACUACAGAGCUGAGAUGCAAGCCCUAACCUCAGCCACUGACUAUCUGAUCACCACCCAAGAAGAUGUAGGAGACAAUCUCGUCUUGCUGACCGACUCUCUGUCCGCAUUACAGGCCCUUAUGGCUGCAACAUCAGACCAACUGACGGAGAAUCUACUGAAGAACCUAAGUAGUCUUCUUCAAGACAGAAGAGUAGUCCUCCAAUGGAUAGCAGCUCACGUAGGAGUACCAGGAAAUGAACGGGAAGAUCAAUUGGCGAAGGAAGGUAGCAAGCAGCACCAAACAGAAACCAGAAUGACCUACCGGGAAUCAAAAACAUUACUCAAGACGAAGCUGAAAAACCAAUGGAGAGACGACACUGAUGGGUACCAGCCAUGGAAAGACAGCAUCCACCAACUUGACAGUAAUGGCCAAGACUCCAUCUAUCGACUCCCGUUCAACCUGCCUAAGUACUAUAACCUCAGUCCUGUGGCGGAGAUGAAGCGUCGUGUCUUCAUCUUCAGUAGCGCAGUCCAUUCGGUAAAGUAA